AUGGCAUCCAAGGGACCGGAGUGUUCAAUCUGUUUUGAACGUUUCAAUGACGAAAACAAAUGUCCUCGGUUGCUGAGUUGUGGACACAGCUUCUGCUCGUGUUGCUUGGAAAGGUUACUCCGUGGUAACACCAUUGAUUGUCCCCAAUGCAGAAAUCCAGUUGUCGUUCCAUCUGGGGUCCAUGGCCUGUCAAAGAAUUUUGCAUUACUGGACAUCGUGAACGAAACGACAUCCAAACAACAUGUUUUGCCAAAUACCAGAGAAAAGAGGCCUUCGCUAGCAGGGAAUAGAAGUAAGGGCUCACACGAAUGUGAAGCUUGCGAUAAGAAACAUCCUGCAAAUUUCUGCUGCCUUGACUGCAAAGAAAACAUGUGCAAAACUGCAGCUCAGUUUCAUACUCGCAACAAGGCAAGUCGUGACCAUCGGGUUGUUUCCCUCGAAGAGCUGGAAGCAAACCCUCAGCUCGCUUCUGUAUCCCUCAUCUGCCAAAAACACAACGAUAAAUUCCGGUUUUUCGAUGAACGGUGCGGUUGUGUUGUUUGUAGGGAAUGCAUCGCUGUAGAACACUUUGGUCACGUUUGUUUACCAUUAGCUGAAGCUGCCUUUAAGUACCAACCGGAAGUGGAAGAUUUAAUCGAAGAGACCAACAUCCUUCUUGGUGAAGCUAAGGUCAUAGAAGAUGAAGAGAUGGAGACGUGUUCGGAACUGAAAAGAGCUCAUGAACAGGGGCUAACGGACAUUCAAAGCUUCUUCAAAGAGGUCUGUUAGAGUCACUUCGUUAUUGUGUUGUUUGGGUUAUCUAGGUUGACUUAGUCUUGUUACAAUCUUUCUUUUUGAUAAGAAUAUAUUUUAUAAGAAUAUCGCGUAUAUGGAAAUUUGCGAAAUUUUGCGUUCACUCCCCGGGUUCCAACGGCAGCGGACGAAUUUUCAACCGGUCGAAAAGUUUAACUGGGCACUUUGUUUACACUGAUGCGCUCAAUAUUUUCGCUUUUUUCAGAAUCUUUUCACCCGAAACUGACAAACCAGGUUGAGUUUUAACUUCCAGUGGUUUGACCAUCUGCCCAUGCACAGAGUGCUAUGCUUUAGGCAGGGGCACCCAACGAGAAUAUAGUUCAAAACCACUUAAACAUAGCAUAGUUGAACGUGUUUUAGUAUUUAAACGGUAGAUAUAGGCAUAUUUUUAUCCCCUCAAAAUUUUUCAUUUGUUCGGAUUUCCUAGCUGAAAAUCUAGUGAUCCAAACAUUAUAAGGAUCAAAACUUACCUUUCCGAAACUUUCAGCCAGAAAAAGGGCUCCCGAAUAUAGUUAGGUGACCUUUUUAGGGUAAAAAUCCGUUAAAAAUGGGCAAUUAUACCAUUUUUUAGAUGUUCAAAAAUCCUAGAAGAGGGAGGCAAGCAAGAAAUUUUACAACAAAUGUUCCGAAAAUUCUAGAUCUCAAAUCGUCUUCCGAACAGAUAUUUUCCGAAAAUUGACGUUGGGUACCCCUGUUUAGGUCCUUUAGCAAAUCCAAGGCAGAUUUACAACGCCUCCAUGGUUAUUGUAUUCACACCUUGCCGGCCACAUUUUCGACCGCAUCCACUAAAAAAAACCCUUGAUUUUGGCGUUCAAAGUUUUGAACGGCUAGUCACGAAAUUAAGAUGGUUCCAAUUGAACGGAACACCUAAACGAAAGAAUUUUAAAAUCGCCCGGUGACAAGUGAACUUAUCCAUAGUUUACUUUUGCCAGCGUGCUCGCAAAGCGCGGGGAAUAGCGAUGAAGGCAUCGAUUUUUAAAAAUCCAAGUGCUGAAAAAAAGGCAAGAAUACUACGCUAAAUUUUUCGCAGCUUUCUGGAUUCAUAGUUUCAGCUGUAGUUUGCUGAGAUAAAAAGCAUUUACUUCCAACACUUUGGCUAUGACGUUGUAUUAUAACACUCACCUUAAUUUGUCGUACAAAAAAUGCCUGAGAUUAGAUGUGAUCACUGAUUUGUUUGUUAUGGCAGCUGCACGGUGCCCUCUCUACAAGAGAACACGAUCUAAAAGUUGAUGUCAACCAAAUCUUCAAGCCUGAGGUGGACUUCCUUGAAGAGCAGCUGAAACGCCUGCGCUCAUGGAAGACUGUCCUAGAGAGUGUCAAACAGCGCGCAGAGUUAGCCAUUCAGACCUCAGGCAGCGAUGAGCUCCAUAUUUGCAUAUUGAAUGCAAAAUCCGAGCUGGAAAAUGCCCUAGAAAGCAAACCA